UAGCGCUCACUUUUUAUGCUUUUUGAUUUCUCAAUCCGGAUUUGAUCAAACUAAGGCAUGGACAUCAGGGCGCAGUUACAGGAGCGACUGACGGCGUAUGUUGAGGACACACUCGAUUACAUUGAGACCGUGAGGGACUUCUGUGACCAAGAACAAAGAUGGACGUCUGAGAGAAAGGCAGAGCUCGAGAAGAUGAGAGACAUCAGUGAAAAUCAGCAGGAGGAGAAGCUGCACGCCGUGCUCGCAGACACAUUAGAGGGGCUGGAGAAACUUGAGCCGUUCCUGGAUGCAGUGGAGAAGCUAACGGUGACCUCAAGCCAUGUCUUCAGCGGACAGAUCUUCCUGCUGCGGGGAAAGAGCCCUGAAAGAGUGCAGUCGGUCAUCGCAGAUGCCAGAAUAGAUGCUCCUGUCCUCGUCCACUUCAAAAGAAACGCAGAAACCUUCUUCCGUCCUCUACUCCAUAAUGUGAAUGUCUUGGUCUUCCAGCUAGACAGCUAUGUACUCAAAACAGAACAAAUUUGUAUGAGAAUGAAACAAAAGUUUAAAAUGGGUCGACCUUCAGUGCAGCUCGUUCCGAACUUAAGCGAGGACACCAUGAAUCAAAUGCUUGAUCGUUUGAGCCAGUUGUCCGAAAUCAGGAUGAACCAGCACACCCGGCUGGCCUUCCUCUUUCAGGAAAAUGCUCAGAAAUUCAUUGACGUGUUCAGUGAACGUCGCUCUAGAAUGUGGCAGUUCCUGUCAGAUCUGCAGUUAAGCUGGACACGAUGA